AUUUUCUUUGAUGCUUUAGUUUUGUUGAAAAUGAUACAUUCGAAAGACUUUGAAAUUAAGGUCCCUUUAACUUAUUCUCAAAAACAUUUUUUAUAUCAACGAAAGCGUGAUAUAGAAUGUCUAUUUAAGAUUAAGUUGUGUGAAAAAGAAGAACAUUAUGGAGAUCAAACCAGUGUUAGAAGUAAUGUUGUUGUGAUGGGACAUGAUCGGAAAAAAUGUAAAGCAGCCAAAGAAUACAUAGUGCAACUUACAACUGAACCAAGCAAAACUCAAGUUUUUACAUACCCUAGUGAGCUUCAGAUUAUAUUUGGUAAUUAUGUAUGGAUGGUUUCACUCCAACAAGGUUACUCUGUUCAUAUUACUUGUGGUAAAGAAAAUUAUUCACUAUGUGUUGCAGGUUCACUAAAAGCUGUUUGUAAUGUGUGUGCCCUAAUGCACUUUGCAUGUGAUAAUGCCAUUCAAGUGGAUACACACCAUCUGGAAACAUUUAGUGUAAGUAAGAGUAAAGAACUGGAUACACAGCUUAUUUCUGCAGUGAGAAGCUUGUACAGCAUAUCCAUUGAUAUCAGUAGGUACAAAGAUUUUCCAGACAAACUUAAAGAGAUUCUUCUGUCAUGGGUUAUUCAAGCACUUAAAGUUAGCAACAACUCUCAGAUAUGUCGAGAUCUGCCUUCUACAUCUGCCAACUCAAUAGGCAGCUUAAAUGAAAAGGAUGACAGUGUUGUUGUUAUUGAAGACACUGAAGGAUGUAGUCAAAAUAAAAAUAUAUCUGUAAUUGAAAUUGAGUCUGAUGAUUCAGUUUCUGAUAUUCAAGAAUAUUGUGCGCAAUCUUCCAAACCUGUGAAGAACAUUGGGAAAAAAACUUUGGUGAGUGCAUAUACCAAUGAAAAAGGUAAACACACAAGGAAUCCAAUAAUUGAUGUUGAAUCUGAUGAUUCAGUCACAGACAUUCAGUUUGUUAAAGUUGCAUUGACUGGUAAAAGAAAAGUAGUUAAAUAUCAAAAAUGCAAAAAAAUUAAUUACAAUAAAGACAAGUGUAUAACAAGAAUAAAACAAAGGAGAUUUUCUAUCAGUAGUAUAAAUAUACAUAAAUUUAAAACCUCAACUCCAGGGAAUUUUAAUAGAACAUCAAAAAUCUUAAGAAAGUACUGCAGGAAAAAAAAAACCUGCAAGGUUUUUGAAGUCAUUUGUGAAUGAGAGUGGACUUAAUUCAGUAGCUCCAGUGAACAAUGAAAAAUCCUGUAAUAACUUGGAAGAUAGGCUUCGAGUUCAGUUAACUUUGGAUAAUUUGAAAGAUACUGUAAUUUCUCGUACAGUAUCUAUGGGAACUAACCACAGCUUAUCAUAUGAUCGUUGUGAAAUUGUGAAUAAUGAAAAACAGUAUUGUAAUGUUGAUAUAGAUAAGGGGGAGUUAUUGUCUUCUGAAAAUUUAGUUCAAAAUAAUCUUGAUGUAGCUGGGACCUCAAGUCAGGGAAAUUGUAUUUCAACAAGUGUUGUUCUUCCUGUUCAGAAACGAAGAUUAAGGCCAAUUGUUAUUGAUGGAAGUAAUAUCGCUAUGACACAUGGAAAACCCCAAAAUGUAUUUUCUUGUCGAGGUAUUGAGCUGUGCAUAAACUAUUUUCGUCACCGUGGCCACCAUGAUGUCACAGCGUUUGUUCCCCAAUACAGACGUUCUAAAGGCUGGUCCUUCAAAGUUACUGAUCAGCACCUGUUAGAAGCUUUAGGUGAUCAACAGUUCAUUGUCUUCACACCAUCUCGGAAAAUUGAUGACAAAGUUAUCAGUAGUUAUGAUGAUAGAUUUAUUAUUGACUUAGCAACAAGAAAUGGUGGCAUAAUAGUAUCAAAUGAUAACUUUCGUGACAUCAUGAACGAAAGAGAAGAUUGGAAAAGAACUGUGAAAGAGAGGCUGCUGAUGUACUGUUUUGUAGGUGAUCAUUUCAUGAUACCUUCUGAUCCUCUCGGAAAAGAUGGUCACCUGGAUGAAUUUUUAUCUUUUUCUUGAACUACUACCAUAGUUUGCAGUAUACUGAUGUUCAACAGAUGAUCCUGAAGUAUCUACAAAAAUGAAUAUUCUGGAAAUGUUGUGUAAGUUAAUAUUUAAAGAUGUCAGACAGUUAAAAACACAAUACAUUUGUAUUUAUAUUUAAGUGCUGUAGAAAUAUAAGUUAAAAACUUCAGCAAAAGCAUUUUUCAAAAAGUUGCCUUCAACCUGGCCCUACAAGCUUCCAAAGUUAGUGCAACAGUUAGACUUUGCAUCUGCUUGGUUGUAAAAUUGAGGUAACAUCAGCCAAAUUACACAAGGCCAGUCAUGGUCAGAUUGCUCUCUCUGUAUGUAAAACUGUUGGUUUGUUUACGUGAAAACAUUUUUAUUUUCUGGACAAAUUUAAUUUGACAGAUGUCGUGAAUACAGUUAUUUGUGAGUAAGUUGUUUCAGGAUGUAAACAAUUAUGGUUCCCAAGGAAAAGGAGGUAUCUCUGCACGAGUUUACACCUCAGUCAGACAGGAAACGGCACAUGGCCUGGAUAAUGUUUGUAUAAAGAACUUGUGAUAAAUGGAGUCCAACCCAAAAGCUGCCACAUAUGCAGUUAAUACUUUUUGGAAUCAGACUUGAAAAUUAAACUACAACUUAAUAUUGGAUUUGCAAAAACACUGGCACUAAAGAAAGAUACAGUGCCCAGUAUGUAUCCAAAGUUUGAAGGAGAUCCCUCAUACCAGUGGCACAUCAGGCUCUUGUUCACAGACCAAUAAUGGUGAUAAUAGUCAUGUUCAAUCAACCGUUUGAAAACGAGAAGCAUACAGGAGAUAUGGCAGAAAAUGAAGCAGCUAGUGUCAAGCAAAGUCAGACCGAUAAAAAACUAGAAGAAGAGUCCAAAGAAACCACUUCUGAAAUAGAAAAAGUUGUUCCUGUUACAGUCCAUCCUGAUCCAGGUUUGAAGCGAUCACGGCCACGUAAAGCCCCAGAAAUUCCAAGUUUGGAGCGACGAAAUUGGCUUAUUCAUCUACAUUACAUACGAAAAGAAGUUGAUGUAUGUAAAGUUUUAAUCAAGGAGCAGUUAGAUGAAACUCAAGGAAUGUGUGAAUAUGCUUUAUACGUUCAAGCCUUAAUCUUGCGACAAGAAGGAAAAAUACAAGAAUCCUUAGAAUUAUUUCAGACCUGUUCUAUACUCAAUGCUUCAGGAGAGAAUUUGAAGCAAGUGGGUCGAUCACUGUAUCUUUUGGGACGACAUAGUGCUGCUAUUGAUGUUUAUGAAGAGGCUGUGAAACUGACCCCUAAUGAUUGGGAGAUUUUUCAUAAUCUAGGUGUUUGCUAUGUGAGACUGAAAGAGUUUGACAAGGCUAAAGAGAAUUUCCAACGAGCUUUAAGUUAUCACCCACAAGACCAGAUCUUUGCUUCAUUAGGAGAAUUAAUGUUAUAUCAAGGAGACAUAAAAGGUGCCAUUUCUGUCUACAAGAAAGCAAUUGAGUUGUCUCCAGAAAACCCAACACUUAAUACAAAACUUGGGCUUCUGUAUAUGCAGUGUGGAAUGCAUCAGAAGGCUUUUGAAAAGUUGGGAACUGCAUUAGCUUUUGAUUCCUACUGUGUGCCAGCAAUCUUAGCAGCUGGAAGUAUCAUGCAGACACACGGCGAUUAUGAUGUAGCUUUGUCUAAGUAUCGUGUUGCUGCAUCUGUUACACCCAAAAGUCCAUCUUUGUGGAACAAUAUAGGAAUGUGUUUUUUUGGAAAAAAGAAAUAUGUAGCAGCCAUCAGUUGUCUGAAGAGAGCCAACUAUCUAGCACCAUUUGAUUGGCGAAUCCUUCAAAACCUGGGAUUAGUUCAUCUUACCAUGCAACAGUAUGCUUCAGCUUUCCACUUCUUGAGUGCUGCUAUUAAUGUUAACCCACGGUCAGGAACUCUCUUUAUGCUACUGGCAUUGGCACUAAAGAAUUUAAAAGACCCAGACAAUGCUCGUCAGGCUUUUGAUCAAGCUAUACAGUUAGAUAAAAGUGACCCACUUAUUUCAUUGAACUAUGGUAUAUUCUUGUAUAAUCUUGGCAAUGAAAGUGAGGCAACAGAACAAAUUAAGCAGUUUGAACAACGUUGGCUAAAACUACAAAAAGCUGGAAACCUGGAAGCAGAUCCAACCGUUAUUCAAUCAGCUAGUAAGUUGGCUGAGCUCCUUCAGAUUACAGAUCGUCCUGUGUGGCGAUACGAUGCAACACAACCGGCUCUUGACCAGACUAAUGCUCCUCCAUUAUCAGAAGAAAAUUCUGUUGAUGCAGAUAAUGGUGAAGAGAAAUAAACACUUUUCAUGUAUAGAAUUGUGUUAAGCAACUAAGAUAUAAUUAUAAUUUCUUAGAAUGUUUAACAUUAUUACCUAAGGUUUUCAAAUCACAGUAUCAUUACAAACUAUAAGCACUAAAUAUUUUUUUAAAGUAAAAAAAAUGGUUCAUUAAUCAAAAAGAAUGAUUAUUUUAACCUUUUAUGUUUAUUGUUUAUAAAUGUUAUUAAAAUUUAUAGAAAAUAUGCUGUGAUAUGACAAUAAUGUAUUUUGAUCUUUAAUUUUAACAACUGUUUCAGAAGUCUGAACAUGAUUAAUCAACAAAAUAAAGUGUGAAUGUAGUAGAUUUGUUAUGACAGACAUUUCUUUGAUAUUGGAUAACAUAUCAUGUUAGAUUAAAAUAUCUUGUAAAAUAUUUGUCACACCCACUUUGCUGCACAUUUCACGUUAUGAUGAUUAAUAUUCAUUGUGAAAGUAGGUCUACAGAUAUAACAUGCUUAUUGUAUUACUCACUAAGAGAGUGGUUUGAUUCUUACUAAAUUUGUUUAUGUGCAGACAUAAGAAGUUCAGUAGUAGAGGUUCAUAAGUUGAUAAGAUAUAAAAGAGAUUGAUAUGAAAUCUCUGUUAAUUACAGGGUCCAUGGAGGCUUGUAAAAAAUUAGAGAACUUGAUUUCACAUAUGUAAUUUUACUGAAACCAAAAAGAGAUAUACAAAACAAAAAUUAAAAAUCUGAUUCUGUCAACUGUUAAGCCACACCACAAUCAAUUGUAUGUUAAGCACCCUCUAACUUAUAUAAUUUUGAAAUUAAAUGCAUUGUUGAUGAAUUCAUUACAGAGGUUUUUAUGAUGAUGAUAAUUUUGCUGUUAUAUUGUCAUUUUACUUUUUAGCAAUUAAAUGAAAACUGUUUAUUGCCAGUAGAGGCUUCAUUUAUUGAGUUAAAAAAGUUUUGUAAAUAAUAUUUUUAAAUUUUAUGUUUGGAAGAUUUAUUUUUUGCUGGGUUAUGAAGCACAAAAUGUAUUUGAAUGUUUAAAAAUAUACUUUUGUUUAUUUGUAAGAAAGUUAACCUUUCUAACUAGGACUUGCAGUUUACUUAAUAAAGCUUCUCAAAAUCUGCCCUUGAAAUUGAAUGUGUUACUUUUACUUAAUAAUGGAAAAGCACAACAACAACAAUUGAUCAGAUUUUAUUAUUACACAUACAAAGUACUUAGAUCCUGAAGCUAUACAACAAGAGGUACUUGUGGCAAGACACUUCAUCAAAUAUACUCAAAAUCUGUUACUGGUAUAACUGACGUAAUUAAUAAUGUGUACCUCUUUCCAAAACGGAAGCUUCUUGGCAGCUCAGCAGGAAGUAUGAGGGCUUAUCACACUCAAAAUGUGGUUUUGCUACAAAUAAUGGGCAAAGCACAGAUAGCUCAAUGUGCUGCUUUGUGCUAGUCAUCAAACCAAGCAAAAUAUGGUCAUUGCUUAACCAAAUAAAACACAAAUGACCUUUAAAAGUGUUUGAAUGUGCAUAUUUAGAUGCAGUAUUAAUACUGAUGCAUUAGAAACAAUAUUUCUGUGUAUUAGAUCCAUCCAAAAAAUAUCCAUUAAAUGUAGAAAAAUAGUAUUUAUUGUACUAGGACAUCAAAGUAUAUAUAUGCACCAGUUCAGUUUAAGAUUAGUACAUUUCUUAUAAUAGUUGCUGUAUUGAAGAAUUAUAGCGUGUAAAGAUUUGCUUGGAAUAUGCCAGUAUAUGCAAAAGUGAUGUUUAAAAUAAUGUUUUUUCUAACUGGUAUUAUAUGCACAUGAUUGUGCUUGUCCAAGUAAAAAUAUAUUUGCUGAUUUGUUCUACAACUCAAUUUAACAUUUAACACUUUAGCAUAAAAGUGCCACGUGAUGAUAUUUGUUUUGUAAUAACAGAAAUACCAUAUAAAUUAAGAGAGACUAAUUUAAC